AUGCGAUCUGCAAGCAUAUGCAAUCUGCAGGCAUAUGCCAGCUGCGAUCUGCAAGCAUAUGCCAGAUGCGAUCUGCAAGCAUAUGCCAGAUGCGAUCUGCAAGCAUAUACCACAUUCGAUGUGCACGCAUAUGCGAUCUGCAAGCAUAUACGAUCUGCAAGCAUAUGCGAUCUGCAAGCAUAUGCGAUCUGCAAGCAUGUGCCAGAUGCGAUCUGCAAGCAUAUGCCACAUUCGAUGUGCAAGCAUAUGCGAUCUGCAAGCAUGUGCGAUCUGCAAGCAUAUGCAAUCUGCAAGCAUGUGCCAGAUGCGAUCUGCAAGCAUAUGCCACAUUCGAUGUGCAAGCAUAUGCGAUCUGCAAGCAUGUGCGAUCUGCAAGCAUAUGCAAUCUGCAAGCAUAUGCCAGAUGCGAUCUGCAAGCAUAUGCCACAUUCGAUGUGCAAACAUAUGCGAUAUGCAAUCCUAUGCGAUCUGCAAACAUAUGCAAUCUGC